AUAAGCGAAACAAUAACAGUUGGUGGUGACUUUGUAUCCAAAAGCCUCCGCUGACAACUUAAGCCGGCGACUUAGGCGCGUUUUAGCGCACGAAGCUUUCGAGUGUAUCGGAGGUUUUAUAUAAGAGGAGCGCAGCGGCGCGCUCCACUUUUAAUCAGAUUAGGAGCCUUUAAUGUUCAAUCCUGUUUUUUUCUUCCCUGCUGUAGCAGUGCACAGGAGUGGCCAGAGCCAAAAGCAGCGAUUCAGAUCAGAUUUCACCUAAACCAGCUGAGAGAGAGAGACCGAGAGAGAGAGACCGAGAGAGCGAGAGCGAGAGAGAGAGCAGAGCAGAGACAGGGUUUGUCAGUCUCCCUCCUCCCAAAUCCAGAAAAGCUUACCAAGGAAAAAAGGAGGAGUGCCGGGGCUGAGAGAGAGAGAGAGGCGCAGAGGAAUCCACAGGAAUUCCCGAGGAUAUUUUCUCUGCUUCGUACUCAUCGUCGUGUCACAAUCUAAAAUCAAAGAAAAAGAAAAGAAAGAAAAAAGUUGGAGGCGAGGCAGCAGGGACCGUGGUCAAGGAUGGACGAGCAGCCUCGGUUGAUGCACUCCCACGGGGUAGGCAUGGCCGGACACCCCGGCCUGGCGCAGCAUAUGCAGGAUGGCACGGCGGGGACGGACGGAGAGGGAAGAAAGCAGGACAUCGGAGACAUAUUACAGCAAAUAAUGACUAUCACAGACCAAAGCUUAGACGAAGCACAGGCGAGGAAACAUGCACUGAACUGCCACAGAAUGAAACCUGCUCUCUUCAAUGUCUUGUGUGAAAUAAAGGAGAAAACAGUGCUCAGUAUCCGAGGCGCCCAGGAGGAGGAGCCUCCGGAUCCACAGCUGAUGCGACUGGACAACAUGCUGCUGGCGGAGGGUGUGGCUGGGCCAGAGAAAGGCGGCGGCUCAGCGGCUGCAGCAGCUGCGGCGGCGGCCACGGGCGCCAUCGGUGCUGACAACUCAGCAGAACACUCAGACUACCGGGCCAAGCUGUCCCAGAUCCGACAAAUUUACCACACGGAGCUGGAGAAGUAUGAACAGGCGUGCAAUGAGUUCACCACCCAUGUGAUGAACCUGCUGAGGGAGCAGUCUCGAACACGACCCAUCUCGCCCAAAGAGAUCGAGCGCAUGGUCAGCAUCAUUCACCGCAAGUUCAGCUCCAUCCAGAUGCAGCUGAAGCAGAGCACCUGCGAGGCUGUCAUGAUCCUGCGCUCACGCUUCCUCGAUGCCAGACGAAAGAGGAGGAACUUCAACAAACAGGCGACGGAGAUCCUGAAUGAGUAUUUCUAUUCCCAUCUCAGUAACCCCUAUCCCAGCGAGGAGGCCAAAGAAGAACUGGCCAAGAAAUGUGCCAUCACAGUGUCACAGGUAUCAAACUGGUUUGGGAACAAGAGAAUCCGAUACAAGAAAAACAUUGGCAAAUUCCAAGAAGAGGCCAACAUGUAUGCAGCUCGGACCGCGGUCAACGCCACCAGUGUGUCUGCCCACGGCAGCCAGGCAAACUCCCCAUCGACUCCCAAUUCAGCAGGUUCUGCUGGCUCUUUUAACAUGUCAAACUCCGGAGACUUGUUCAUGAGUGUGCAGUCCCUCAAUGGGGACUCAUACCAAGGGGGGCAGGUUGGGGCCAACAUUCAAUCCCAGGUGGAUACCCUUCGCCAUGUUAUCAGCCAGACCGGAGGAUACAGUGACAGCCUCGCAGCCAGCCAGAUGUACAGUCCACAGGGCAUCAACACAAAUGGGGGCUGGCAAGACGCUCCGACUCCUUCGUCAGUGACAUCGCCCACAGAAGGACCCGGGAGUGUUCAUUCGGAUACUUCCAACUGAAUACAUCCAUCUCUACACCUCAUCCACGGAAAAGUAAAGAAAAACAUAGACUGACCUUGCUAUUCACAGUAUUAAACAAAGGAAUUCACCGUUUCACAGUUUGGAGAGUUACUGUGAAAUCUUAACAGAAAGAAAAUAAAUAUAAUUUCCUCUGGUUAUAACGUUGGACAUUUGGGAUACAAAUAAAAAGUUUGACAAGAAAAAAACAAAAACAAUGCCGUAAAUAUUGGAGACCUUUGUACAGAUUUCACAUUAUAUUCGGAGGGCUGGGGUUCCGCAUUCACUCGUAAUGUUUUCACUCGUUAUGGUGAAAACGACACGGUCAAUUAAUGAAAAAUCAAAUCGUUGAUUUUAUCUGAAAAUACUUCAUUCUACCUCUCAGCCACUAAAAAAAAGUAGAAAAAAAUGUCAGUGACCAUUAUUUGUUUUGUAAAAAUGAAACUUUUGUCUUUGCAAGCAAGGGGCACAUCUUCUUACUUACAUUUUGUUGUCUCUCCCCUACUCUAUGGUACGCCAUUUAGACUUAAAUAUUGCUCAGUUGUUUACAAUGUGUGCUUGAUAAAAGUAUGUCCAUCUUCCCCUCUGUCUCUGACGAGUCGAAACAAGAGUUCUGUCAGGAGAUUUUACCUCUAAGGUAACCCUGUGAAGUAUGCUAUCUGUAAAACAAUGAAUAAAUACGUGUCAAUAAAAUCGGACAAGCUUGACAUCAUUCAUUAAGAUGUAAAAUCAAAUCGGUUGACGCCCUGUUCGUUUUGGUCGCGCAUCAAAUUGGUGUGGCGAGGAAAAUCGUCGAUUUGCGCCAUCGCCACUGCAGUGGAAGAGUUGUUAACGAUGCCAAACUGCUGAUGUAACCAAAACAAAACUGUCAAGAAAGUGUGUCAGCAUGAAGCCAGUCCCAAUACAUUAUUCCAUCUUAUACCCACAGCCUUCUUUCUUUUUUCCUGCUCAUUUAAAAUCACCAUCUUCUGUCACUCACCUUUGGUGCUACCGUCAAGCGAACAACAACAACAGUAAUGUCCCACGAAGAGAAAUACGACAAAAUAAGUCACUUUCUACUGAAAGCAAAGUUUGUCAAGGACACCUGUAACUGAGUUUGUUUUCAGUACCAUGAACCGCAGUCCACUUCAACCCCGGGGAGUCGUUAUGGUUUUCGGAGUUUUGCGUGCUUACACGGUGGAUUCCUUGCUCCUGAAAGUCCAGAGAUGCUUGUAGCUUGGAGCCACUGAUCACCGCUGCAGAAGAAGCAUCUGGAUACACCCAAACUGCUGCUCAGCUGUGGACACUUUGAUGUAAAGAUAAUGUUAUGUUUCACAUUCUGUUGAACUGAGUCCUAUCCUGGGUGUCCAUUUAUACAUAAAUCAAUAUAUUACUCCGCUGGUACUGCUUUAGUAACCCGAGAACUGACACCAAACAAAUGUAGACUUUUCAAUUAAUGCUUGUCACUACUAUCAACCUGAUUCUUUUUUUUUUCUUUUCUUUUUUCCAGUAUGAAACAUUUAUGAAGAUUGUAAAUGUUAACCAUUAAGCACUAAAGAGGAGACAAGUCAUUAUGUCAAAUAAUGUGUUUUCUGAGCAGUCUAACAUUGUUUAUAGACACCUUUUAUGUUGUGUGGCCUAUUUGUUUUUUUGUCGUUUUUUUUUUUUUAUUGUUAUGCUAAAUGUUGGCUAUUAUGUUUUGCUUUCCUACUCUCGUGAAUUAGCUCAUGAACUUUCAACAUGUGUUUAUGUGCACCAUUGUGCUUGACUUGCUUUGUUGGAAAGGGUUUUCAACACAUUAAAAACGAUAUGUCAUACAGCGA